AUGCCACUCUCCGGUACGACUGCGGACGUCCAACCGUUCUAUGGAUAUGUCGACACAACUGAAGAUGCUCUGCGUCUCAUUGAGGCGGCCCGUCGCGGAGUGCUACCUCGUGUCACUCGACGUUUCAACGAGCUCGAGAGGAGAUCCAUGAUUAGGAGCGGAGCAGUGUUCGUUUUUAGCGUCGAGGAGAGCGGCAUCAAGCGGUGGACGGAGGGGUUAACCUGGUCGCAGUCGCGUAUAUCUGGGAACUUCCUGAUCUACCGAGAGGUCGCCGACCGAAACAUCCUCCGCAGUUCACAUCAAGUCUCGGACUCUUCUGACGGUUCACAGAGUGGUCAUCCUGUGGAGAGCCAUAUAACGUUAAAGCCAAACGGGCUGAUAAAAAAGGCGAGCACGAUAACGGUCAAGAUAAAUGGCUCUGAUCAUCACCUAAUAUCAUACUUCACGCAAGAAGACGUCCAUUCGGGACGGCUUCACAGGCCAACCAGUCGGUCGGAUUUGAUGGCGCUGAAGAUACCCGCCGAGCUUUUGCAGUCCGCGAACUUCCGCUAUCCACUCAAGCUCGACGGGCAACGCAUCGGUAUUUCCCAAUUGUGAGCGAAGCUUUAGUUAUCUGGACUCACUGAGACUCUGAUCAGCUUCGCCACAUCGAUGACGUUAGCGAUGAAAGCGAUGGCGCUGAUAAUCAGUGCAAAAAAGC